AAAGUAGAAUCGAGACCAAGCGCAAGUAUGGAGUCUUUGCUCAAGUCACCAAUGAAACUUGUACUUUUGACAGCAUGGCUCUCCAGUCUGAUGGACCCAUGCAGCCUCUCUGACAUUUGUGAUUCUUGUCACCGGCUUGCAACAUGCAAGUCCCUGAACGGCUCAAACGACGCCUGCUUCUGCGACCAAGGAUACACGGGAGAUGGAACGACGUUUUGCAACGAUGACAACGAGUGCCAGAAUGUGACUAAUAUCUGCGGGGACAGGGGGAACUGCACCAACACAGCGGGCAGCUACUACUGUACAUGUGUCUCUGGAUACACAUCGACAGGACUGGCCAAGUUCCAGCCCAACGAUGGCACUGAAUGCAUCGAUACUGAUGAAUGCAAGUCAGGACCAGUCUGUGGACCCAACUCACACUGCCAUAAUAUGAAUGGAUCUUUCUAUUGCACCUGUCAGCGUGAUUACAUCCCAACUUCAGGCACUAAGCCCUUUCAUCCGGAGAGAGGUGUAAGAUGUAAAGAGCAUCCCCAAAAAUACUGCCAUGACAACAUCGGGUGCAUCACACAGACUGUCAACAAAACACUUGAAUAUAUGAGCAACCUCACGGAGCCCCAGAGUCUACUAACGGAAAUCGCCAAGCAGACGUCCGGCGAACUCACCUCAGUGGAAGUGAUCGCAUAUGUCGAGGCCUUGCGUCGAUCCGCAUCAGCACUGGCUGCCGAAGAAACGGAUUACACUGUCAAACCAUCCGUCGUCAACUCAACCCUUACAAAACUGGUGAAAGCAGUAAACAACUUGGUGGAGAAAGAUGAACUGGUGGCUUGGAGCCGGAUGAAAGAGGAGCGUCGGGAACAUACCAUCACCAAGCUGCUACACACUGUUGAAGAAAGUGCUCUGACUCUGGCUAACACCUACCAAACUCCAACCGAGCUGGAAAUCAAAGCCACAGAAAUGGAAUUGAAACUCUUCACCUUUGAUGCUCGUCACACAAAAGCCAAACUGGCCGCUUCCAUGGGAGGAGAUCAUAUAAAUCUAACUCCGAAAUUGAGACCAGAGGAGGACAGGAAUGGAAGCGUGUCAGUGGUGUUUGUGCGAUAUGACAGCAUCGGUGACAUCCUGAAGCCGAGCAGCGACCCAGGUGUCACCGACUACUCGCGCUAUGCAGGGACGGGGGAAAUCACUGUCAACUCCCAAGUCAUCGCAGCAGCCGUCAAACCUGCUGACGUUUACCAACUUGACCAUGUCACCUUCACUCUGAGACACAACGAGCCCAUCGACACUAAAGCUGAUGUGGCCAAGUGCGCCUUCUGGGAGUAUGAGCCGGACAGCCUGCAGGGCCACUGGGCCACUCGCGGCUGCAAGACCGUCCACGUCAACAGCAACGCAACCACCUGCUCCUGCAAUCACCUCACACACUUUGCCAUCCUCAUGUCCUCCGGGCGAGCCAAUCUGGUGGCCCACUACACCAUCCUGACCCGGAUCACCCAGCUGGGGAUGAUCAUCUCCCUCAUCUGUCUGUCCAUGUGCAUCUUCACCUUCUGGUUCUUCAGUGAGAUCCAGAGCACCAGAACCACCAUCCACAAGAACCUGUGCUGCAGCCUCUUCAUGGCCGAGUUCAUCUUCCUGGUGGGGAUCAACAUGAACUCGCAUAAGCUUUUCUGCUCUGUUAUUGCAGGGCUGCUGCACUAUUUCUUCCUCGCGGCCUUUGCCUGGAUGUGCAUCGAGGGCAUCCAUCUGUACUUAAUAGUGGUUGGCGUCAUCUACAACAAAGGCUUCCUGCACCGUAACUUUUACAUCUUCGGCUAUGGGAGCCCCGCGGUGGUGGUGGCCAUCUCGGCGACGCUCGGCUCGAAGUAUUACGGCACUGAUAAAGUGUGUUGGCUGAGCACGGAAAACCACUUCAUAUGGAGUUUCAUCGGCCCGGCGUGUUUGAUCAUCCUGGUUAAUCUCUUGGCUUUUGGAGUAAUCAUCUACAAAGUGUACCGGCAUACUGCUGUGAAAAAGCCUGAAAUCAGCCACUACGAAAACAUCAGGUCUUGUGCCCGCGGUGCCAUCGCACUGCUGUUUGUUCUGGGAGCCACCUGGACCUUAGGAGUGCUGCACAUCCUCCGUGAGACCACCCUCACUGCGUAUCUGUUCACCAUCGCCAACGCCUUCCAGGGGAUGUUCAUCUUCAUCUUCCUCUGUGUCCUGUCCAGAAAGAUCCAGGAGGAGUACUACCGGCUUUUCAAAAACGUGCCCUGUUGUUUUGAGUGCCUGAGAUGAGUUAACAUGCACACAGCCUGAUCACUUGCACUUGUACAAUAAUAGUCCGCCCUAUAGCUUUGCAAUAUCCUGUGAGUCAUGCGUUCACUUUUGAAAGACGUUGUGGGAGGAAUUGUUAAGCUCAGAUGUCUAAUAAAUGAUUUCUAAAUGUCUUGUUUCCUUUGUAAAAAAAACUGCCAUCAUCUAUACAUGUUUGUAAGUGUUAUGUACAAUGCAGAUAAACUACUGAGUCAACAUUUCCACAGCAGACGUUCUCCUGAGAAUCAUAUUUUUGCACAGUUUGAGUUAAGUUUAACAUCUCUGCAGUUACCAGCAUUAAACCUGAGCAGCAGUCUGCUGUCUUUGUUCUGUCCUUGUGUUUGAAAUUGAUUUGUAAAUUAUUAAAAAUGAAUGUAGCAAACUAACACAUAUCUCUGCUGCUCACUUCCCUUAUGUGCAGAAUCAAUGCUCUUGUUUAAUGCAUUAAACCCUCCCUUUGUGAACUCCACACAACUCAGUGUACAGUUUAUUAAAUAUGAACUGUUGUGAGGACAGUUGCUCUCGUACAUGAUGGCAGUUAGGAAGGCCAAUGGCCCCAUCUACUGGAGCUAAUGAGGAACUGUCUAUUGUAGCAUCUGACACACAAACUCAUGGCUUGCAUCACUUUCUGAUUAUGUGUCUGCACGAUCAGACAAAUGUUCUUCUUGUAUUUUUUUUUGUGCUGUAGCAUUUUUUGUGUAGUCCUCUAAGGCUUUGUGAUACUGGCCUGUACAUAAAUAAAUAU